AUGGAUAAUAACCAGCUAAAUGGAACACUUCCCAGUUUCACUGGAAAUCCAAAGCUUGUCUUGUUAUUUGCAUCAAGGAACAAUUUUCAGGGUUCUAUAACGAGAGAGUUUUGCAGGCUUGGACUUGCCAUUUUGGACCUCUCUUUCAAUAACCUUUCUGGUACCUUACCACCAUCUUGUUUAAAUAGGUCGUUCAUAAACUUGCAAGGAAAUAGCAUCACUGGUAAAAUACCCGAGGCACCGACGAACAUGUCAGUGUUGAUGGAUUUGAGUGACAAUAAAUUUACAGGAAGUAUUCCAGAAAGUAUAUACAGUCUCCCGAAUUUGAGGUAUUUAUUAUUGGCAGGUAAUGACCUACAAGGCCAACUUUCCAGUCAAAUAUGUCAGUUAAAAAAUCUCCAGGCCUUAGACCUUUCACGCAACAACUUAUCUGGCUUUAUUCCUUCUUGCUUGAACAAGAUACGAUUUUCAGAAGAAAGUUAUGAUACACCGAGUAGAAUACCUGGAUUCUCUUCAAGAGGUGUAGACAUCAUCGAGAAAACUUUGAUGCUUGUUUUGAUGCUUUUGUUUAUGGAACAGAAAGUGCAAUUCACAAUAAAAGCUUCUUCUCGUGAAUAUAAAGGUGAUAUACUUGAAGACAUAUCAGUAUUAGAUUUGUCAUCUAACCAAUUGACGGGAAAAAUUCCUUAUCAGAUAGGAAAUUUACGUGACCUUUAUGCACUUAACCUGUCCAACAAUAAUCUGAGUGGAUCAAUUCCAAAGAGCUUCAAGAAAUUGCAAAGUAUAGAGAGCUUGGAUCUUUCAAAUAACAAAUUGAGCGGACAGAUCCCACUUGAGUUACAAGACUUGCACUCAUUAGCUAUCUUGAAUGUGUCUUACAACAACUUAUCAGGUAGUGAUCAAGGACAAUUUGGCACCUUUGGUGAUAGCAACUACAAAGGAAACCCAUAUCUCUCUUGGGGUAUUAGCAAUAGAAGAAUUGCAGCAUCGCCACUAUCUCCCAUUCAAUUGGAUGAGGUAAACCACGAUGAUUCUUCAGUGGAUUCCACUUCCUUCUAUUGGAGUUUUGUUGCCACCUUUGUCACGGUGCUCUUGGCAAUGCUGACGAUCCUUUGGGUCAAUCCUCAUUAG